AUGGAGAUGGUCCUGGACUGGCGCUCGGUGGGCUCGCUGAUCGCGACUGUCAUGGUGUUCCGGACGGCCAUGCGGGACUUCGUCCCGCCGGAGGCCGAGCAGUGGCUACGCCGCUUCCUCGCGCGGGUCACCGCCGCGUUCCGGGCCCCCACGGCCACCAUCCUCAUCUACGAGGCCGACGGUGCCGCCGUCACCGGCGUAGCCAACGACCUUUACGAUGCCGGGCAGCUCUACCUCGGCGCGCGCUGCCUCGCCGCGGCCCCCGCCGUGCGCCUCUACAAGCCGCGCGGGGGGAGCAGCACUGUCGCCUCCCUCCCGGACGCGCACACCGCCCACGACACCUGGAAGGGCGUCACGGUGAAGUGGACCUCCACCGCGCGCCCCGUCGACGUGUAUCGCGGCGGCCAGGGCCCCUCCGGCGGUGGCGUCCACCGCAGCCUCGAGCUCCAGUUCGUGCGUCAGCACCGCGACUUCGUCCACGACAGCUACAUCCCCCACGUCAUGGACGAGGCCACCAGGGUGCGGCUCACGUCGCGGGAGCGCAGGCUCUACACCAACGGCGAGGAGUACCAGCGCCUCUGGACCUCCCACGCAUUCUCCCACCCCUCCACGUUCGACACACUCGCCGUGGACCCGGCGCUCCGCGAGGAGAUCCGUGCCGACCUGCUCCGCUUCGCGUCCCGGCGGGAGCACUACGCGCGCGUCGGCCGCGCGUGGAAGCGCGGGUACCUGCUCCACGGCCCUCCCGGCACCGGCAAGACCAGCCUCGUCGCGGCGAUCGCCAACCUCCUCAUGUUCGACGUCUACGACCUAGAGCUCACAACCGUGGCCACCAACUCCCACCUCCGCCGCCUGCUCGUCUCCACCACGCCCAAGUCCGUCGUCGUAGUCGAGGACAUCGACUGCUCCCUCGACCUCUCCGACCGCAGGAAGAAGGGCGGCGGUAGUAUCGUCGACCAAGACGACGACGACAACAACGCGGCGAUUGGGCGGGAGGAGUCCAUAAGCCUCUCCGGCGUUCUCAACUUCGUGGACGGGCUCUGGUCUUCCUGCGUCGGCGAGCGCCUGAUAAUCUUCACCACCAACCACCCGGAGCGGCUCGACCCGGCGCUGGUCCGCCCAGGCCGCAUGGACCGCAAGAUCGAGCUCGGAUACUGCUCGCCCGCCGCGCUCCGCGUGCUCGCCAAGAACUACCUCGGAGUUGGCGAGGAUACCGACGACGAAGUGAACGGCCUCAUGGCCCAGGCCGAGGGCCUGCUCGCCGCUGAUGACGACGUGCGCAUCACGCCCGCCGACAUCGGCGAGGUGUUCAUGGGAUGCGACGGCGCGGGCGCCUCCGCCGCCUUGAGGAAGCUCGUCGGCGAGCUGCGCCGCAGGAGAGAUCACGCACCUGCCCCGGCCGUAGACGCGCUAGCUGCAGCCGAGACGAUGGAGUAA